UUCGUGCUGUGUGGAUUAGAGCUCCCACUGCUUAUUGGAUUCCCGCUCUGAGUACAAGACAGGAAACUAACCACAUCUGCCGCUGUGAAGUCAAGAAAGUUUGGCUUGAAUCCCUUGGAGUUGCUUUAAAACGGACCCUGGCAGUUGUUGUGAAUCAGUAUGGAGAUGAACGGCCGUGCCCUGCCGCCGUUAAUACCUGAGGAUGGGGAAGCCCCGGACCCUCCUCCUCACGGGGAGAUGAACGGUUACCACCAUAGGCUUCAGACCGUUGACGGGUCAGAGGAUGAGGUCCCGGUUUCCAAGUCCCAGAGACGGAAGAGCGAUGUCAAAGUCUACAAGGAGUUUUGCGAUUUUUACGCUCGCUUCAACAUGGCCAAUGCUUUGGCCAACGCCAUGUGCGAGCGCUGCAAGAGUGGUUUCGCUCCAGCUGAGAAGAUCGUGAACAGUAACGGAGAACUGUACCACGAACAGUGUUUUGUGUGUGCUCAGUGUUUCCAGCAGUUCCCAGAGGGACUUUUCUAUGAGUUUGAAGGCAGGAAAUACUGCGAACAUGACUUCCAGAUGCUGUUCGCUCCCUGCUGUCAUCAGUGUGGUGAGUUCAUUAUUGGCCGUGUCAUCAAGGCCAUGAACAACAGCUGGCAUCCGGACUGUUUCUGCUGUGAUAUCUGCCAGGCUGUACUCGCUGAUGUUGGAUUUGUGAAGAAUGCUGGCAGGCACCUGUGUCGUCCAUGUCACAACAGGGAGAAAGCCCGUGGCCUCGGCAAAUACAUCUGUCAGAAGUGUCACGCUAUUAUCGAGGAGCAGCCCCUGCUGUUUAAGAAUGACCCCUACCACCCUGAUCACUUCAACUGCAACAACUGCGGUAAGGAGCUGACUGCUGAUGCCAGGGAGCUGAAGGGUGAGCUCUACUGUCUCCCGUGUCACGACAAGAUGGGCGUCCCCAUCUGCGGCGCCUGUAGAAGACCCAUCGAGGGCCGUGUGGUUAACGCCAUGGGAAAGCAGUGGCACGUGGAGCAUUUUGUGUGUGCUAAGUGUGAGAAACCUUUCCUGGGACACCGUCACUAUGAGCGCAAGGGCCUGGCCUACUGUGAAACGCACUACAACCAGCUGUUUGGAGAUGUUUGCUACCACUGCAACCGUGUUAUUGAAGGAGAUGUGGUUUCGGCCCUGAACAAGGCUUGGUGCGUCAACUGUUUUGCCUGCUCUACCUGCAACACCAAGCUCACCCUCAAGAACAAGUUUGUGGAGUUUGACAUGAAGCCAGUGUGUAAGAAGUGUUAUGAAAAAUUCCCACUGGAGCUGAAGAAGAGGCUGAAGAAGCUUUCAGAAACUGUUGCACGAAAGUAAAGUCAGAGCUGAGCAGCACGAUGGAGGGAGACAGACGGAGACCCUGAGGUGGCCGAGUAACACAACAACUCAGAAAUGACAAUCAUAGAUGAGAGCAUUGGUGGAUUUUAUCUCAUUGAAAUGUUAGAAAAUUGGGAGCUAUUUCAGUGGAGCUGGUCUUCCUCUGUUCCUCCUCCUCCGUUUCCAGCUGCAAAGCACUGAGGAUCAUUUCAUGAGCCUGAAACUGACCGAUGAACAGUCAGUCAGUAGGUUUAACAUAAACCUCUGUCAGUGCCUUUUACCUUAAAUUCUGCACUGUAUUUUUCACAUGCUUGCCUUAUUUCACUGCUACACUUAUUUAACCUAAACAAAUACAAGGUGGUCAUGUACAUCAUGAUAAUUUUAGACCUUUAAAAAAAAAACUGAAAUAUUUGAUGACUUAAAGGUAUGUGCCUCUCAGCCUGAAUCACAGUAUGUUACUGAUACUCUUUUAUAAUAACAAAGAAACCCAAAGAAUGUUGAGAAAAAUGGAAUUUAUUCAAAGUGUAUAUAAUCUAUUAAGUCCUGUAUUCCACCAACUUGUAUUACAUGUAUAUUAUUCAGUGUUAUGCAAAACUGGUUAUGUUUUAAAGUUUUGAGACUUUUUUUUUUUGUCAGGAUACUGUAUCCUGUGUAAUGUUACGGUAAUGAACCCAAACGUUACUUACAGUAUGUUGGAUUAUCUUCUUAUGUGCUAUGCAAUGUAUGUGUGAAACAAUGUAUGCAAACUUAUAUUAACAUAUAGUUAACAGUUUUUAAAUAAAGUUAUACAGUGUAAUUUAAAUAUAUUUGAAGGCAAUAAAUCACUGUGAUGAUGGGAGUCUUUUUUUUUCUUGUGGAAUUUGCAAAAAAGUGAUUCAUUUAAGACUUUUGAAAGAAAGGAGUCCUCCACAACAUCACAACUUGUUAGUGCCUCUAAAUUUACGACAGAGUUGGAUCUGCAGCUGUGACACAGUGCGACCAAUACAGAACACUAUCAGCCUCACAAUGACGUGAUUCAUUGAGGGGCAACUGGUAACUGUGUGGAACAACAUUGUGACUUGCAGCAUGUGCAGAGACCGGAUGUUGAACAUGUGUGUUUGUUAUUUGUAAUCCAAGAGAAGUUAUCCUCUUAGAGAGGUGUACCGACUUCCUCAGGGCUCAGACCCUCUUAGGAAGGCGAACGAACUGUUGGAAGGAGGGGAAAAUGAUUUCCGUUCUUUAAAACAUUUCAUUUGAUCAGUAUUUCAUUAUACAAAGCUUCACUUCCGGGGCUGUUUGAUAGACACAUUCCACUGUGUGAUGGAAACGUAAACCCUGUGCUGUAACAUUUCUCAUCUGUUCAACUGAAACUUUUGACUCAACUGGUUGUUAUGAGACUCUACAUACACAUAUACUGCUCAGAUACUGUUUUUAAUAUGCAAUGCUUGUCAAAAGACUGUUUAUUCAUGUAAACACACCAAAGUGCAUGUUCAAGAACUGAAUGGAACUCUAUUUUUCAGUAUAUCUAAGAUGAUGCUGUCAGCCCACCUGAAUAAAUAUGUAUGUGAAUGCUA